AUGCCUCUAAAGAAAGUUGUUGGGAAAAAUGUUCAUACUAAUGUGCCUGAAGUUCCCAUGACAACAUCUUUGUUCACUUUAUUGAAAAUGUUGAAAAAUGGAUUUGUGUACCAAAGGAGGUUGGCUUUGGAAAGAGAACUUGGGAAUGAUACUCUUGAAUGUAAGGAGGUAGUAAGUCUUAUUGAGAAUGAAGGAUUAAUGAAGAGUGUUGAUGGGUUUGGUAAGUGUUGUGAAAUGCUAGUACAGGAUUUCAUUGUGAACAUUCCUAUGGAUUGUGAUAAUAAGAAGAGUAAGGAAUACAUAAAGGUGUAUGUGGGAGGUAGAUGUGUGGAGUUUUCUCCUGAGGUGAUUAACAUGUUUAUGGGAAGGUGUGGGGAUGAGCAGGCUGAAGUAGAAGGAACUGAUAACACUGUUUAUAAAGAACUCGCUGCCAAACAGGUGUCGCAAUGGCUAAGAAAGGGUAAGUUAUCGGGUAGCAAGUUGAGUGUGAAGUAUGUUGUGCUUCAUAGGAUAGGAGCUACCAAUCAGGUUCCUACAAAUCAUACUUCAACCAUAGCUACGGGUUUGGGUAAAUUUAUUUACAUUGUUGGAACAAAAACCAAGUUUGAUUUUGGGUCUUAUAUCUUUGGGCAAACUCUGAAGCAUGCUAGUACUUUUGCUGUGAAAAUUCAUAUUGUUUUUCCCUCUCUAAUUUGUGGGGGGAAAUUGAAUCAGCACCCUGGGAUCUUGAUCAGUUCUGAUACAACAAGUAAGAGGAAAUCUCUUAUAUCCUUGCAUUAUAGGUUGUUUGUAGGAAUACGUGUCCCAAACAUUGUCAUGACAUCUCGUAAGGAAACUGUCAACUCAACCUCAAAGGAUGGAAUAAUUGUUGAACUGAAAGAUACCUGCAAGGUUUUGGAUGAAACCAUUAAAACUUGCACUGAAAAGAAAAUCAGACUGUAA